AUGGGUCAAGUGAAGAGUCAGUUCAGUGAGGACGAGCUUCAGGAUUAUGAAGAUUUAACAUACUUUACAAAGAAAGAAAUCUUGUAUGCCCACAAGAAAUUCAAGAAUCUCGCCCCUGAAAAGGUGGGCCACAACAAGAAUGCGAAACUGUCGAUGAGCAAAGUCCUUGAGUAUCCGGAACUGAAGGCCAAUCCCUUCGGGGAUAGGAUAUGCAAAGUGUUUAGCUCCAGCAACGAUGGAGAUAUAACGUUCGAAGACUUUCUCGACAUGAUGUCUGUGUUUUCCGAUGCUGCCCCAAAAUCUGUGAAAGCAGAACACGCCUUUCGAAUCUAUGAUUUCGACGGUGAUGACAUGAUAGGUAGGAAUGAUCUAAAGCAAGUCAUUAAACGACUGGUAGAUUACAAUUCUGAUCUCGGGGACAACGACAUCGAACAACUCAUCAAUAACAUCCUUGAAGAAGCCGAUUUAGACGAUGAUGGAGCAUUGUCGUUUGCGGAAUUCGAACAUAUUAUCGAUAAAUCCUCUGAUUUCAUCAACUCUUUCCGUAUACGACUAUAA